GGCUGGAGCAGCCCCUGAGGGAGAGCCAGACCCAGCGGGGACAGGACCAGCUGCUGCCAGGCAAGGACCUCACUGCCUCACGGACACCUUGUCUCUCUAUCUUCACAGCGGUUGCCGCUUAACCUGGCAGAGAGACUGUCCAGGGCAUCCCCUGUGCCAUCCCUGCUGGAAUCUGCCGAGGGCCCAUCCACACCACAGAUGCUGAUCCUGAGCUGCUCCUCCAAGCUGCGGCUGCUAGAGGGGACACUACAGAGGGGCUGCCGCAAUACAUUGCCGGUCUAUGGCACUGUGAAGACCAUAAACCGGGGGAACCCAGCUGUGCAGGAGGUUCUGGUGGAUUCAUGGCCCGAAUUCAAAGUCUUCCGCACCUGGCCAGGCAGAGAGGUGGCAUCGGAUGACUCUGAUUUCUACACCAACACAUACACAGUGUACUACCGGGACCUAGGUGCCCACCGGGCGCUUCUGGGCAGUGCAGGGCUCCAGGAUGGAGCGUAUGAAGUCUCCAAGGACAGCACUGAGGCUAAGGGGAUCAAGCUAGAGGUGUUCCGCUACUUCACCUAUUUUCACCCAGAUCCCAGCUCCAUGCCUGAGAUCAGGCUGGACCCGGCCGUGAGGCUCUCGUCCCUGGAUGUCUCCCACGCCGACCUGCUGAAUGAGACAUGGGCCUUUGGGGGGAACGAGAAAAGCAGGAAGUACCUGGCCAGCCUGAUCCGCCACUUCCCCAGUGUCUGCCUGCUGGAUGCUGCUGGCCACCCGGUCAGCUGGAUCGCUUCCGACCCGUUUGGUGCCAUGGGGCCUGGCUACACUCUGCCCCAGCACCGGGGGCGCGGCUACAUGGGGAUGCUGACUAAUUUGAUAGCCAAGCGGUUGCACGCACUAGGCUAUCCCAGCUACGGCUAUGUGGCCAUGGAGAACUACCCCAUGCAGAGGUUGCAGGAGACGCAGGGCUUCCAGCGCCAGCCCAACCUGUGCUACUUCAUUCUUCAUAACCCAGCAGCGGCAAAAGCCCCCACAUUAACCCCCAGCCCAGCACCAGGCACAGCACCCCCGUGAGUCCCCAGCCCAACCGCCCAGGGGACCUGACAAGGGAGCGGGGCAGGGGAGUAUGGGGAUCAUUGUUAGCCAAGUGAAAUCAGUAACAUCUCCCAGCUCUAGCCUCACAUUGGGCCUGCGACCCCCAAGCCCCACAGGCCUUGCCCUCCCGCACAGUCCUAUACCCACCUUUAAAGGGUCUGUCCUACUCUUCCGAGCCCAUAACCUGCCCUUCUUGAUGGCCCCUACCACCCCAGACCCAUACACACAGCACCCCUGUCCCACUUCCCUACACUGCCCCAUCCCGGCUCCUCUUCCAGACACUCCAGCAACGGCUCAAUGAUCUUCCACCCAAUCUAGCUACAUGAUCACCUGCCUCCUGCAUCCGCUCUGCUCCUCCUCCUGUUUUCCCUGGGACAUCCUGCUCAGCGUAUUGCAUCUCUACCUCCUCCACACAGUGUGUCACCCUCCCCCGACUCUACCAGAGACAUCUUCCCCAGAUCUCUCUCUCCCCCGUUCCCUGGGGCUUGUCACGUCUCUUGCUGUUGCACCCUGCUCUCAUCAGCUCUUUCCCCAUCUCCUGGACUAUACAAGCCGGGGCAGCUUUAAGUGGGGUGGGAGGGGCUGGGCAAUAGGUCCCCAUUCAGCAACAUCUCCUUGAGCACAGCGUGCUCUAACCCAUGAUGCUUCUAACCCAUGAUGGAUCUGGCUGUUCCCCAUUGAUACUAACCAGCCCGAGAGUGUUCCCAUGCCAAGGACUCCCUCAAGGGCCAGUCUGUCUCAGUAACUUAAGGGUUAAAUACCUCCCAGGGAUCUUGAUUAUCCUCAAUCCAAACUUCACUAUCCCCAAGGACUCCCAGCCUGAGGUCACACUCAAAAGCAAUCCAGAUGUGUUAAAUUCAGCACCACACAGCCAAGACACCCAAAUCCCCUUAACUCCACCCACCGGCAUUGACCGAUUGCAGGAAGUGUUUCUGGCUUCCUGAUCCCAGCUGCAAUUAAAUUUAUUGUUGAAGACA